GCUUGCUUCCUCCUUCACUGAGGCAUCUGCGUAGCGGCUGACGCUCAGUUGCUGACGGCCCCCGGGAUGCAGGGCUGGAGCCUGAUCCAGGUCUGGGCUCUACUGUCAAUCAGCCUCAGCUGUCAAUCACUGACGGACCCCAAUUGGGGUCCCAUCGACUCGCGGCCGCUACCAGAAUGGUUCGACCGAGCAAAGUUUGGGGUCUUCAUCCACUGGGGGGUGUUCUCAGUCCCCAGCUAUGGGAGCGAAUGGUUCUGGUAUUACUGGCAGAAGCAGAAGCUGACACCCUAUGUGGAGUUUAUGGACAAGAACUACCCUCCGGGGUUCAGCUACGCUGACUUUGCUCCCAUGUUCACGGCUGAGUUUUUUGAUGCUGUCCAGUGGGCCGACCUGCUCAAUGACUCGGGGGCCAAGUAUGUGGUUCUCACAACCAAACAUCACGAAGGAUUUACUCUGUGGGGCUCGCAAACGUCCUGGAACUGGAACGCGGUUGACGUGGGGCCACGGCGGGACCUGGUGGCGGAGCUGGGAGACGCGAUCAGAGGUAGAACGGACUUGAGGUUCGGGCUCUACCACUCCCUCUUCGAGUGGUUCAAUCCCCUCUUCUUGGAGGAUGAGGCCAACCACUUUAAAACCAACAAGUUUCCCUCCAAGAAGAGCCUUCAGCUCUACGAGAUUGUCAACAAGUACCGGCCGGAGGUUCUCUGGUCUGACGGUGAUGGUAACGCCCCCGCCUCCUACUGGAACAGCACUGGCUUCCUGUCCUGGCUCUACAAUGAAAGCCCCGUGAGGAAGACGGUGGUGACGAACGACCGCUGGGGGCUGGGGACCAUCUGUAAGCACGGAGGAUACUACACCUGCGCUGACCGCUACAACCCAGGCCACCUCCUGCCCCACAAGUGGGAGAACUGCAUGACCAUCGAUAGAAAAUCCUGGGGCUUCAGGAGGAACGCGGAGCUGAGAGAUUUCCUCUCCAUCCAGCAGCUGGUUCAGACUCUGGUGGAGACGGUGUCGUGCGGGGGGAACCUGUUGGUGAACAUCGGACCCACCCACGACGGACAGAUCAUCCCUCUGUUUGAGGAGAGACUGCGGCAGAUGGGCCAGUGGCUGUCAGUGAACGGGGAGGCCAUCUACAGCACUAAGCCCUGGAGACAUCAGAACGACACUGUCACUCCCACUGUCUGGUACACAUCCCGCCCGGAGCAGAGCCUGGUGUACGCUGUGUUCCUAACGUGGCCCAAGACAGACAGCCUGAUCCUGGGAGCUCCCUCGGCCACAGCCGGGCACAGCAAGGUGACGCUGGUUGGAUACUCUGAGCCCCUGAGGUGGCAGGCGAUGGGGAAGCAGGGGCUGCUGGUCACACGGCCCACAUUCAACCUGAACCAGUUACCGUGUCAGUGGGGCUGGGCUCUGAGACUCCACAACAUCGCCUGAGCCCAGCCUGGGUUAGCGCCUCCUCAGCCUGUCAUCACCAGCCUGUGCGAGAGUGCGUGUGAUCACAGGCUUGUGUGACU